CAGAAGCACAGGGAGAGGGAGCGUGUGUGUGUGUGUGUGUGUGUGUGUGUGCGUGUGUUUGUGUGUGUGUGUGUUUGCGUGCGUGUGAAAAGACUGCGCAUGUGUGACGGCGAGGCGCACUGACUGGAGCAGACGGAGGAGGAGAAAGAGCAGUAAUGAACGGCAGCUGAGUCAAGAGAGAUAACAGAAGAGGAGAGGGAGAAGAAGGAGGAAAGAGGCUGACCUGAAGACCAGGAGAGGGAGGAGGACAGAGAGGAAAAAGAGGGGAAGGAGGAGAGAAAGACGAGGGAACGUACAAGAGAGACAGGCUUGGGGCGUUCAGAAAAUUCCAAAUAUUAAGAGGAGGAGAAGCGGGAUGGAGAGAGAGAUGCCAGAGGGAGACGCUCGGCCACAGCUCAGAGAAGACGGAGUGAGGUUGGGGGAGUGAAGGACAGAAGAGGAGAGGCGGACGGGAACGGAGGAUGCGGAGGUCGACGGAAGCAGCCUGACACAUGAUGUAUCCACCUCGCAACAGCUUCCUCCAUCUUACGUCUCCUCCAUCUUUUCCUCCGCGCAGUGCCGCUCCAUCCCUCUAGAAUCAGGAGGGGAGAGCACCCUCCCUCUGGCGAACGAUCUCAGCAAACGUAUACAAAAACAUAUACUGGAACGGGAGGACGGGAAAAGACGAGUGUGCAGGAAGGCAGGCCGAUGGACCAAAGGAACUCAAAAACAUGAGACAAUUUAAAGGAGAGACAAGCACAGAGACAUCCUUCUGAACUGUUAUCCCGUUGGGAGGAGUGCCCAAGCAUCCAAACAAACAGAACAAAAAAAGAGGACCUUCACUCCCACCUCGGAGGAUAUCUGCAGCCUUUGGAGUCUGACGGAGUCACUGUACAGCUCUGUGGAGCACUACAGCAGGAGGCCUCCCAAACGAAAAAAGACCUCUUCCCUCCGUAAACAAGCCACCUUAAGAGUCACAAGAGGUCACCUCCCCAAACUGGAUCACAAGCAGAGAAAUACUGAAGCUUGUUCUUUCUUUCUUUCUCACGCACUCAAGUCAAUGUGCAACACACCCGCAGCCAAAAACAGGAAGCUCAGUAACAGCUUCGUUUGAGAAAGGGAAGAGUUUCCCUCAAGCAGGGCACAGGAUAUAGUUUCAGACAAUACCUCCUUGGACCUUUUUCUGACCUGCCUGUAAUAAAACCCUAUACUCUGUGAAUGCAGACAUCCACCAAACCUGUACUGUAUGUGUGUCUGUGAGCAUCUGUGUGCAUAUGAGAUUAUUUAUUAGUGAAUUCACUGAGUGAGAGCUUAUCUUUGUGCUGAAGUGCUAAGAGUCCUUGCGUAGAGUUUUCUUUCUGCAGAUAUUCGUCAGAGACAGCACAGAAACAUCAGCAUUGAAAAAGAACCUUUAAGUAGUCAACACUGGUCAUCUACUAUAAGCUGGACUUUUAAAUCAUCUCUGUAUAUUAGCUGUGACAGGAUAAAAGCUGCAGACUGUGGUGCUCUGGCUGAGUUCUUCUGCCUGUCUCCCCCUCAUAAGGACUCAGGCUGACAGUGCAGCUCCCACCAAGGGGAAUAUCUGAGGGAAACAUGGAGGCAACCAUCCGUCCCCACGUCCCCUCCAAUGGCUGACUUUGCAGGAGUUUAACUUUUCCUCCUCCAACCCUCCAGCUCGAAACCCGGCAGGGGCUGAUAAGAGCCGCAGCCCCGCUCUCUCUUUCCCACUUCUGAAACUGUGCGAAUGUCCUGCCUCCGGCGCCAGCAAGUCACCAUCCCCAUGGACACCGUCAAGAUCAUCCAGUCAGAGAAGUUCCCCAGAGAGUGCCCCGUGCCCGUCACCCAGCCACGCUAUGCUCCGCCCCCGAGGGUGGCUUGGGAUGGCGGAGGCGAGGGCGAAAUCAUCGUCAACCAGGCCUGCAGCGACCUGACCUUGGACAUGUCGGGGUCCCCCAGGCCGAUGAUGUCCCCCCCGGCCCCCAUCCUGCGCAGGGAGCAGAGCUUCCUCGCGCAGCGAAAAACCAGUGCCAAUGAAAUCUGUUACCACCAGUUCCACUACAAGAUGGAAGACGUCAUCGUCAACCAGUACGUGCUGCGCUCCUCCUCCACCUCUUCGUCCACGUCCUCGUCCUCCUCGUCAGGGCCGGUGAUGCCCUGCGAGCCCCUGGACUGCCCCACCUGCGGCCACACCUACAACUUUGCCGGUAAGCGUCCACGCAUCCUCUCCUGUCUGCACUCAGUGUGUGAGGAGUGCCUGCAGAUCCUCUACGAGUCCUGUCCCAAAUACAAGUUCAUCUCCUGCCCCACGUGCCGGCGCGAGACAGUGCUGUUCACUGACUAUGGGCUGGCUGCUCUGGCCAUCAACACCAGCAUCUUGAGCCGCUUGCCCUCCGACCCCAACGGGCCCGUGCAGUGGGGCGGGGACGCCGACCGCAGCUGCUACCAGACUGUGCGUCAAUACUGCCAGUCAGCCUGCACCUGCCAGAUCGCCAACCCCUUGUCCUCCUGUGGCAUCAUGUAGACAAGGGGGGGCACUGCAGGCAUGACUCAACGCGGCCCCCCGCCAACACCACCGCCACCACCACUCUUUCUGUCUAUAAGCUCGACCCCUUUCUGCCAAGCCCCGCGUCUCUCCACACAUACAGUAAAUAAAUCCCUCCAUAGAUGUUAUCUCUAUAUAUUUAAUAGCACAGACGGAUGCUGUGUGGGACUAAUGGAUGCUGGUGGUUCAAUAAAUAGUAAAUAAAUGUAUUUUAUGUAUGGACUGGAAUCCUAUUCACCCUCUCUUGUUUGGUUGGACGUGUUUGUCAUUGACAUCUCUUUACAUGGGAAUGCCAGGGGAGGUCUGUCCCCCCAACCUAGGUGAAUAAAGAUUAAAAUGAAAAACUACA